UGGAGGGAGGGAGCUGGGUGCGUUAGCUUGAGACUUAAGACGUAUUUUUAACCUUUUACCUCCUCGUACGAAUCAAAGCGGACCAGCGGUAGUGUGUUGAUAAGUUUAUACGUACGACGAAAAUCUAUUUUAUAUUUCGCCCAACACCCCCGAGCCGUGACGACACAUGAAAACGCGGACGGUUAGCACAACCUGACUAAAAGUUAGCCUGCUUGGCUAGCGGUCGAGCUAACAAGAAGCGCCCCCCCCCUCCAGAAAAAAAAACAAAGUGGCGAAAACGUAAAUUUAGCUUAAACAAAAUUGCGCCUCCGCGUUACGUCGAUAGUAAUGCUGCCCUCGGGGAUUAACUUCAGAUACGGAUGAGAGAAUUCGGGGAUCGGGAAACAAGGAGAACAACUGCGAGUCAGACGACAACUGCUAUGUUGGGGUUGAUUCACUGCUCUGGCAGCUCGUCUGAGUCCCGAUGUUGGCCACAUUCGCUGCUGUGGAGACUUGGGGGCUUCUUUCUCCUAUUUCUGCUGGAAGGGGCCGUCUGCCUCGCCAACCCAAGCAGCGCUCCGGGGUUCAACAAUAACAAUCACCCCAGUGUCAACAUAUACAUGAGCGUGGAGGAAGUGAAGAAGCUGUUGGGCCUGGAUGCAGAGCUCUUUUAUGUGCGUGAUGACGUAGUGAAUCAUUAUGCGCUAUCCUUCACCUUGCCUGUGCCCAGUGAGACCAACAGUCUGCACUUCACAUGGCAUUCCAAGACGAAGGUUGACUACCGACUUGGCUUCCUUGUUGAGAACCCUGCAGCCAUGAACCAACCACAGAGUAACAUCUCCAGUCAGGGGGAGGUGCCCCGUGUCACUUCUGUCUUCAGAGUAGACCUCUUCUGCUCUGGCAAGGUGGAUGGCGAAGCAGUUCUGACAGUGCAGCUCAACCUGACCAUCCAUGCCAACAACUUCACAGUCCUCAACUUCAAGAGGAGGAAAAUGUGCUACAAAAGAAUCGAUUCUGACCCAAAGAUUCCCUCACUUCCCAGCAAUAAAACCUUCCAAAGGCCCGAAUUAGAUGGUGUUAAUGCGCCAACCACCUCCACUCGGGUCUUCUACAUCAGUGUGAGCGUCUGCUGCAUUGUCAUCUUUCUUGUGGCCAUCAUCCUGGCCAUCCUCCACCUGCACAGCAUGAAGAGAGUGGAGAUGGAGGACAGUGUGAGCGACAGUGGAAGCUCCCAAGGUCUUUCCCAACCAUCCACCCAGACCACGCAGUACUUGAGGGCUGACACUCCAAACAAUGCGACCCCUGUUACCAACAACCACCCUGGUUCUGCACCCAUCCUCCAGCUUGCUGCCGCCUCCUUCCCCAACCCUGGUGCCCCCUCUCAUGAAACCAAAAGUUACCCAUCCCUGCGCAUUGAGAAGAAUGACCUAAGGAGUGUGACCCUCAUGGAAGCCAAAGCCAAGGUAAAAGACAUUGCCAUCUCCAGGGAGAGAGUCACACUACGGGAUGUUUUGCACGAAGGCACGUUUGGCCGCAUCUUUCAUGGUGUGCUUUUGGAUGAGAAGGAUCCCAGCAAGGAGAAGCAGGUCUUUGUAAAAACGGUAAAAGAUCAUGCAUCAGAGGUGCAAGUAACCAUGAUGUUGACUGAAAGCUGCAAGCUUCGCGGCCUUCAUCACAGAAAUUUGUUGCCUAUUAGCAAUGUGUGCACGGAAGAGGGGGAGAAACCCAUGGUGCUGCUGCCUUUCAUGGCCUGGGGAAACCUCAAGCUGUUCCUGCGGCAAUGCAAGCUAGCUGAAGCCAACAAUCCACAGGCUGUCUCACAGCAAGACUUGGUUUACAUGGCUAUCCAAAUUGCUUGUGGGAUGAGCUACCUGGCUCGCAGGGAGGUCAUCCAUAAAGACCUAGCUGCCAGGAACUGUGUCAUUGACGACAAUAUGCAGGUGAAGAUCACAGACAAUGCCCUGGCACGGGACCUUUUCCCUAUGGACUACCACUGUCUUGGGGACAAUGAGAACCGGCCUGUCCGCUGGAUGGCCCUGGAGAGCCUUCUCAAUAACGACUUCUCCAGCGCCAGUGAUGUGUGGGCCUUUGGAGUGACCUUGUGGGAGCUGAUGACUCUGGGUCAGACCCCCUAUGUUGACAUUGAUCCUUUUGAGAUGUCAGCCUACCUGAAGGAUGGGUACAGAAUAGCACAACCAAUCAACUGUCCGGAUGAACUGUUUGCAGUAAUGGCUUGUUGCUGGGCCCUGGACCCAGAGGAGAGACCCAAGUUUCAACAGCUUGUUCAGUGUCUCACAGAGUUUCAUGCAGCAUUAGGAGCCUAUGUGUGAAGACCAGCAUAUUUCUAAUAAGCUCUUUUGUUUUAAAGAAGAAAAAGUGGAACACCAGAAGUUUAUGGACAAUACUAAUCUUGGAAAGCAUAUGUGUAAAAGUGUGCCUUAAAAUAGUGAGCAGACUUCUGCCCUGAUAAUUCUAUUUUGUACAGUACUUUGAGAUUUUUGUAUAGAAUACGUUGUUACAGAUAGUCAAGAGUACCCCCCCCCCCAAGAGGUUUAAGGAUUCUUUAUUGAAGUAAUAUUACUUCAAAUGCUUUGAAAGCAUCUAGGGAAAAAAACAGCAGUGGUAUAAUCAUUUUGCCAAGUAGAACUGAAUAGUGAAAAUGCUUCCUCACCAUCAGCACAUCACUGAGGAGGGAGACCCUAAUAGACACAUAAGAACCUUAUGUGCCAUCAAGUAGUUACAGUGAUUUAUAAGGUUUGAGCCUCUUAGAGCUGGGUUUUAUGGACAGUCUUUUUUUUUUUUAUACAGUUUUGUAACUUAGAAAAAAAACAGUGUAAAUUUGGUAUUGUAGAUGUGCUUGGGAUAAGAGUAAUUCCACAGCAGAAUAAUAAGGGUACCAAAGUAGACUCGGGGGGGGGGGGGGGCUUCGUCUGUAUAUGUUCCUAUAUUCUCAACAUGCUGCCUCACUCUGUUUAAGCUCUAGCUUGGUACGGGAGACGUGUCCUGAGCCGCGUUUGUGUCGGAUAUUUGGCAACAGAUGUUCAGAGUCCAAUCUCAGUGGUCCUUGGUUUUCUCUGGAAGACACACAAAAAAUGUGCCACAGGUCAUGUUUUUCCUUUUUUUAUUUUCUAUAGAACUUUGCAAAAGUGUCACUGAAGAUGAUGUGGCGACUGCAUUGUAAGCCCUCAACAUUUUUAAAACCAAACAAACGAACAAAUUGCGGAUGCAACAGGUCACAAAAGAACAAAUGUGCAUCCCCAUAUGAACUUAUUUUUAAGAUAUCUGGAGGGAAUUCUGGUAAAUUUUGUCAGUUGUUGGAAUGCUGACCUUUGUCCUUUUUUAUAUACCCACUAUCACAAACUCCACAAUUUUCAAACAGGGUUAUUAUUGUUUUUCUACUCUCUAUGUUUAAUUUGUUCUGUGUCAGAACACAGCCUUUCACAGGAAUAUUAGAGCAACUUUUGUGAAUAUAGCUGCAAGAAAAAUUUUGUGAACCCUUUGGAAUUACCUGGAUUUCUGCAUUAAUUCUCAUCAGAUGGGGUCUGAUCUUCAUCCAAGUCCCAGUAAUAGACAAACACAAUCUGCUUCAAGUAAUGACCAACAAAUAAAUGUGGUUGUUCUUGUCAAUACUGAAUACACCAUUUAAACAUGCACAGUCUAGGUUUAGACUUCUCCGAAAGCUAACUGGAGUCAGGUAUUCCAAUCAAUGAGAUGAGAUUGGCGGUAUGGGUUGCAGAAGUGCCCUGCCCUGUAAAAAGGCACACAGUCUGCUCUUAAGAAAUUAGCUGUUUGUGAAAACCAUGCCACGAUCAAAGCAAAUUUCAGAGGAUCUUAGAAGAAUUGUGGAGAUGCAUGAAGCUGGAAAAGGCUGCAAAAGCAUUUCUAAACCAUCUGGGUGUUCAUCAAUCCACAAUAAGAUAAAUUGUCUACAAAUGGAGGAAAUUCAGUACUGUUGCUACUCUCUUGAAGGGUGGGCAUCCAGCAAAAAUGACACCAAGAGCACAACAUGCAAUACUUAAGUCUCUUCAUGUGUCCACUAAUUAAAAAAACACUGAAUUUUGAAUGGUGUUCUUGGUAGGACACCGUGGAGAAAACCACUGCUCUUCAAAAAAAAAAAAUAGCUGCACGUAUCAAGUUUGCAAAAGACAAACCUCAUCCCAACUGUGAAGCAUGGUGGAGGGAGCGUCAUGGUUUGGGGCUGCUUUGCUGCCUCAGGCCUGGACAGCUCGCUAUCACUGAAGGAACAAUGAAUUCAUAAUUGUGUUAAGACAUUUUGCAGGAGAAUGUCAGUGGAGCGAUCACUCACCUUAAGCUUAAUAGAAGUUGGAUGAUGCAACAAGACAGCGGCCCAAAUCAUACAAGUAAAUCAACAACAGAAUGGUUUUUAAAAAGAAGAAAAUUUAUUUUUUGGAGCGGCCAAGUCAGAGUCCAGACCUUAACCCUUGUGGCAUGACCUGAAGACAGCUGUCAUGCAAGAAAUCCCAGAAAUAUCAAUGAGUGAAACACUUUUGUAGGGAAAAAAUUACAAAUUUGCCCACUGAGGCAAAUUUGUAAUUUGUGAUAUCAGGCUAUACAAAUAAAAUUGACUUGACUUAAAAGUUUAUGUCACUGUCAUGCAAGUCUGCUCUGCAGCUACAGGAAAUGUUUGGUGGAGGUUAUUACUGCUAAAGGAGUUAUUAAAUGCAAGGGCUCACAUGCUUUUUUCAAGCCUGGACGGUGAAUGAAUAAACAAUGUGUUCAAUAAACACAUGAAAGAUACAAUUGUUUGUGUGUUAUUAGUUUAGGCAGUGGGAUGGUGUAUGAUUAUGGCUUGGAUGAAGAUCAGACCACAUUUUCCGAGUAAUCAAUCCAGGUAAUUCCAAAGGGUUCACAGACUUGUAUUCUUGCAACUGUAACUAGAACACUUAAAGAAUUCACUGUGAAACACAAAACUGCCAAUCUGGCUUGGUCUGAUCUUAAUCUCACACCUAUAACAUCCUUGUGAUGUGUCUUUAUGGUCACUGCAUGUUGAUUUAAAGGUACUUUGUAAACUGCUUCCUGAAUUCAUAUCCACAAAUUAAACAGGACCUGUUAAUUAUAGAGUGGGUAAUGUUUCCCCCCCCCCCCACACACACACAGGGCUAGAACAUCAUGGCCCUGUCUGGUUUCUGCAUUCAAUACAACAUGAUAGGUAUUUUACCUUCUAAUUACUUCCCUGAGAAUACAAGAUCCAACUCGGUAGUAAAAAUGUAUUCUACAAUGGUGAAUCUGUUUAGAUGUUGAUGAAUAUACCGUAUAGCAUAGGCAGAAAGCCAUACCCAUGAAUGUCUGGAAAUCUGUUAGUGGUGCACCCCAAAUUUCUGACGUUGGUAACAAUGAGAUGGUUUUGCUAUUGAUACUUUGUCUUUCUUUCUAGUCAUUAUUGGUCAUAUUUAUUUUUCUAUUUUAGUAUUGGGGUGAAAUUGCAAGAAGACUGCCCUCUUAAUGGAAAGUCAUCUAUUUUAAUUUUUACUUAACUGGAAUGUCUUGGAGCACACCGAUUUCGUGUAGCCUAUACAGUCUGUCCAUCCAUCUGUCUUUCCAUGCAUGCAUGCAUGCAUCCAUCCACCAUCUAUAGUCACUCAAUCCAAUACAGGAUGAGAGAGCUAAUUACUUGUGGCCUUUAGCAGGUCCUGUCAGUUCACUACGGUGAGACGACAAUUUGCUUAUUGUUUUAUUCGGGAUUGUGGCAUUUUAAGCGGUGAUAAACGAAAUUAACUCAUAUAAAACACUAU